AACGGAGAAAUGUGUCACGGAAAAAAUUAGUACGCGAUUAAUCCAUAAUCUGUUGCCUCUAUUGCGAAUAAUAACGCAAUUUGUAAUAUAAUUAUUGAUGAAAAUUGUGACUUAUAAAAUCUAUUCUAUCAAAUUAGUUAUUUUUUUAUGAAACAAACAAAAUUUGAUCCAAAUUUAAGAAUGUGUUUAUAAACAAAGUAAACAACGUAGUGACAUUUCAAGAAAGAGUUUUUUAAAUUAUCAAAUGAAAUUGUAAAGAAACAAUGAUUAUCAAAUUGGAAAAAGUGAUAAGUUGUUCUUCGGAGAAUUCACAAUAUCCGGCGACAAAUCUUUUGGAGUAUUGUUCAAAUUCCAGUUGGAGAUGUGCAAAACCAGGCGAAUCAUUGGCGACAGUUAUCAUUCAACUUGCCGAGCCCUCCUGCAUAACAGGAGUUGAAAUUGGAAAUUAUCGUUCGUGUAUUGUCGUUCUAAAUGCCUCAACAUCAGCCGAGCCUGAUAAUUGGAUUCCAAUAGUAAAUCAUCAAUUCCUCUCGCACGAUGAAGCGGCCAAUGGGAAAUUCAAGGACCAAGUUCAAAUAUUCACCAAAAAAGAACUCAAUCCCGAUAAUUUAAAAACAAAAUUCGAUCGUGUUAAAAUCACAUGCAUGCAAUCGGCAAAUCCACGAGAAGUCUUCGGUCUAUCAUUCUUCAUUUUACGAACCGAGGUUAUUGUUGACAUGGGUCUGGAUAUUUUUGGUCGAUUUAAAAUGAAGGACACGAACGAUGAAAAGGAGACGACAGUCGAUAGAUUUAAAGAAAAGUAUCUCAAAUUAAUGGGAACGAAUAAACAGACAAACUACAAGGAUGAAUUGAAGGAUAAAAUUAAAGAGAAUGGUUUGAAUGAUUUUCAAAAACGACAAGAGGCGGAACGUGAGCAUAAGAUGAAACCAUUAUUGGAAAAAUUGGAGGCUGGAAAAGCAGACGAGGUCUUUGGAAAGCCAAAGGAAAAGAAUGAGUCGUCAACGCCUUCGAAUUCAAUUAAUGGAAAAACGAAAGAUGAUUUUAAUUCGAAACCCAUUGCGAGAACUCCUUUUGGUGAUAUUGUUGUUUCAGCGUCGACGUCCAAAGAAGAGAAACCAAAGAUCGUUAGAAAACGAUCCUUAAGUUCUGAUGAUUCCGACGAUGAAGGGUCAAGCAAUAACAAAAAAGUGAAAUGCAACAAAUGUCAGACAGAAUCAAAGGAUAAAUUGUGUAAAGUUUGUAAAAAAUUACCCACACCAGAUCUGGUUUCGAAUGAAACGAGAAAACCAACUCCAAAGAAAGUCGUCGUGAAGCCAACGAGACCUAAGAAGAAUUUUGAAGAACUUUUCCAAGGAAUUAGUUUUUCUUUGAGUGGUUACGUUAAUCCAAAAAGAGACGAAAUCCGAAGGAAGGCUUUGAAAAUGGGAGCGAAAUACAUUGUCGAUCCAAAUACAACGGAUAAAUUAUGCACCCAUUUAAUUUGUGCCUUUAAAAAUACGCCGAAGUACCAGCAAUUCAAUGGUCAUGCAAAAAUUGUUUCACACAAAUUUAUAGAAGAUUGCUAUGAUAAAAAGAAAAGAAUUCCAUGGAGGCGAUAUGCUCUGGAUAAAAGUGAAAAGGAUAAAUCUGACAGUGAGGAUGAAAUUGUCGGCAUUGGGAAAUUUAUUCCCUCUGAAGAUGAAGAAGAUGUUGACAGUGAUGAUGAUUUUAAGCCUUAUGACGAGGAAACCGAUGAUGAAGAUUCUGAUACGAAUUAUUAAAAAAUUGAUAAUUCAAUAAUUUCUUUCAAUGCAAUUAAAAGAAACAAUGAAACAACAAUUAAAUAUAUUUUACAAGAAUAGAAAAGAAUUAUUUUUAAAAAAAAAUUAUUUAAUUUAUGACAAAUUAAAUAAUUUAUCAAAUUAUUUUCUUUAUAAUUAUACGUACGAACCAUUUUUUGAUAAUUAUGUACAUAAGAUUGUAAUUUUUCCUCAAAUGAAAUAAUUUAAUUUAUAAUAAAAAUAAAAAGUAGUUUUUUUUCAUCAAUUCUUCUAUUUGCGAUAAUAGAAGAAAUUAUUUAUGAAAAAUUAAAUGUCAAAUGAUUAAAAAUUAUUUUUGAUGUAGAACAUACGUGAAUUGUUUUUGAUAAUUAUGUACAUUAUUUUGUAGUUUUUUUGUUCGAAUGAAGUAAUUAAUUUAUAAUAAAAAUAACAAAAUAGUUUUUUAUCAA